UAGCGAGUUGAAUAAAGUUGAAACCAUUAAAUCAUAAUUUGAUAUAAAAGGUAAAUUGAUCACUGACAAUCCUCAUUCAAAAGGGAUGAGCUUUUUUUGGAUUGAACAGAAAGCGUUUGAAAGUAACAAGGUAAACCAAAGAGUAACUCUAAUGUUCAAUGUUUGCUCUCCUUUCAGCGAUUAGUGAGUUAGUCCCAUCUCACUUUUACCCACAGCUUCUUGUGCUAUCUUCUGCUUCUCUUUGGUUUGGAGGCUGUACCUUCAACAUUCACAAGUUGAACGCCAGUAACAUCAAGUUUAAUUUAUAGUCUAUUUGUUUAUGUUUUUUUGUUUCUCCUCAAUAUGUCCCAUGAUGAACUUGCUUCUAACGAUGAAAUUAAAGAAUUUAAAGAAGAAGGUGAAGAGGAUAAACUUGCCUCGGAAACUUUACACUCAUCAUUAAAGAAUAAUUUAAUUGAAUCGUUUAAGUUUGUGCCUUACCAUGGGAAUCCCUCGCCAUACACUUCACCUCCAUUGGAUUUACUUCACCAUCCACCACCACCGGCUCACAUGGGUGGAUAUUUGUCCAUGGACUUGCAAUCAACUAAGAAUAUUUCCAUGAGGAUUCCACCGCCAUGGCAUCCAAUGGGACUUCCACCGCCUUUCCCUCCAUACUUUCAUCCAUCUCCAACCUCCGGGAUUUAUCAAAAUAAUUUUCGUUUUGGACAUUUCUUGCCACCCUCAAUGACCCACCAUUUUCAUCCAAUUUUUCAAUCUUCUCCCCACCAUCAUAUACCAACACCUUCACCAAACUCUCAAGGGCUUACACCGCCACCCGAUACAACACAAUUCAAUCAACUUUCAUCCUCAUCUAGUAAUUUAUCAUCGUCAUCGCUUCAUCAUGUGAAUCAUGUGAAAAAACCUCUGAAUGCUUUCAUGUUGUUUAUGAAGGAAAACCGUGCUCAAGUUGCGGCUGAAAGUGCUAAGAAAGAGUCUGCGACUAUAAACCAAAUUUUAGGGAAAAUGUGGCAUGAUUUAAGUCCAGAGGAGCAGCAGAAAUAUUAUGAAAAAGCUAGGUCAGCGAGGGAUGUUCAUCGAGAACUUUAUCCGUGUUGGACUGCCAAAGAUAAUUAUUCAGCAAACAAUAAGAAGAAGAAAAAGAGAGAAAAAUCUCGAGCCGAAGGAGCUUUGAAAAAGUGUAGAGCGCGUUUUGGUCUUGAAGAUCAAUCAAGUUGGUGCAAACCAUGCAGGAGAAAGAAGAAAUGCAUAAGAUUUUCAUCAAAUGAACAUUAGAUGUGCAUAAAUACAGAGAGAGAGAGAGAGAGAGAGCAAUUCAUUCAAUAUAUUUUGCAAACAUUUUCAAGAAUUCAUUUUACAGCCUUAAACCGAAAUACUUGCUAAAGGGAUUAAGCUGUACAGUUGGCUCUAACCCUUCAGUUUCCAGGGAAAAUGUACGCUUCUAAUCUG